AUGGUAAUUCAAGAAACCUUGCGCCUUUACCCUCCUUCGCCAACAUUAGCAAGGGAGGUACUAACAGACAUGAAAAUUGGUGAAAUUCACGUGCCCAAGGGCGUGAACCUCUGGACCAUGGUGGCGACGCUCCACACAGACACUGAUAUAUGGGGACCAGACGCGCUGAAAUUCAAACCGGAAAGGUUUGAAAAAGGAAUUGCGGGUGCAUGCAAGAACCACUACUCGUACUUGCCCUUUGGAUUUGGGCAGCGUGUGUGUGUAGGACAAAACUUGGCCAUGGUUGAACUAAAGAUCCUUAUGGCUCUUAUUCUUUCCAACUUUUCUUUUGAUCUCUCUCCCAAAUAUGUUCAUUCCCCGGUUAUGAGGAUGAUAAUAGAGCCCAAAGAUGGAGUCAAUCUCUUGAUAAAACAGCUGUAA